CAGAAACGUCCGCAUAAUUAUAUGACACUGACAAUACAUAGAUAUACUUAGAUGACAAUACUGACAUUGACAUUGGCAAGAAUUUAGAAGGACAGGACGUUUUAGAGAACAGAAAUUAUAAUUAAAUUAAAAGGACUCUUAAAAAUAAUUCAAAAUGAGCAUGAUUGGGAAGCUUGUACAACAGCUAAAGAGCAGAGAGUUUAGACAAUAUUUAAUGAGCACCCAUUUUUGGGGGCCAGUAGCCAAUUGGGGAAUACCUUUAGCUGCGAUAGCGGACACACAGAAAGACCCUUCUAUUAUCAGUGGGAAAAUGACAGUAGCCUUAUCCAUAUACUCGUUGAUGUUCAUGAGGUUCGCGUGGCGUGUGCAGCCGCGUAACUUGUUGCUGUUUGCCUGCCACAUCACGAACGAAGCCGCACAGCUGACGCAGCUCGCGCGAUUCAUCAACUACCACUAUAUAUCGAAAGAAUCUGAGCAGAAGAACAAGCCUGGCAAAUAGAUUCUGCAAUCAUACAGAUUGGAACACCGCUGACAGUAAGUGCCUUAAAUAUUGUAGGCAAAUUACCUAUUCAAGAUUUUUUUCUAAUGAGGGUUUUCUGAUUAUCUUAUUGAUAAAAUGAUCAUACUAGCGCCUUUAGCGACACGAACCCUCAUUAUAUUGGCUAAGUGACUUGAUUACCGUUGGUAAAAUUAUGCCAAAUUCGUCUCCAAUGUUUAAGGUAUUUACACAAUAGAUGGCGUUGUUUUAUAUUCUGCUAGUUGAAGUUAAAUAUCUUUACCGCUCUUUUUGUUUGAGGUUAUAAAUGAUCAAUUUUGGGUUUGGGGAUCAUUUUAACUUAAACAAUAUAGUAGUACAGAUAUUUGACAUAGUGAAAUUUUAUUUAGUUCUGGGUCUUGACGAACUGUUCAAGAAGGUACUUUAUUCCUUGCGUGCAUCGAAUAGAAUUGAAAGGUACUAAAGUAUAAAGGCACGUAUGUAUUUUAUUGUUGGAACGAAACUGCCCUUGUUACACAUCUGUUUUAAUGUAAUACGAUGUUAGUAUACUAGCAUAACUAUAUCCAUAGUGUAAUUAUUCAAAUAUCUAGUUGUUAUAUAAAUUUUAAGUAGACAUUGAGGUACUGGUUAAAUGUAACGCUUUUGAAGCAUUGUUAUCUAUGUACAAAGUAGAAAUCAUAUUUUACAGUUGCAGUCGACUCUCGUUAAGUCAAAAUACGAUAAUUGGAACCACUAGGUCCCUUGAAAAUCUCUUUAUAUACUUAUAGACAUAUGUAUAAUUCGAAGUUGCAGAGAGAAAACGGCAGAAAGAUAUCAGAAUUUGCAGAGACUUGUAACUUUACCUACUUUUUGAGCCAAUUUCAAUUUCGGAUCAUUCGAUAUUUUGAUCAUUCGGAAUAUUUUAAGAGUCCCUCAAGUAUCGAAUUAACGAGAGUGUACUGUAAUGUAGUUUUUGCCUUAUGUAGGAAUUUUACGAGCCUUUUUCUUGGGUUUUAUGCAAGAUCAUAUAGAUAGUUACCUACGUGAACAUUUAAUGUUUUUUUGAGAAUUGUAUCAAAACUACAUCGGUAUGGGCUUAAGAUCCAUAAAAAAUUAUAAAACUUUUCAAGAAAAAGGUUCCAAUUAGGUACAAUUUGUGAUAUUCAGCGCACAUUUCAUAUUUACGGGUUGCAAAAAGUAAAGUUUAAGAAAUGUUUAUCCUAAAGUAGACGAUUAUAUUCUGAAUUUUAAAUAUAACAAAGAUUAUAUUUAACUUUGUAAAUAUAUAAAUACUUAUAAUAUUGUAAUCAAGUUUGAAAAAAUUUUUAGAAUACAAUUUUUUUUCUAUAUUCCGACUUUCUACUAGAAUGCAAAUUACUUAAAAGAAAUAAUUUUAACUGUGUCAAAUAGAACAAAAUGUAGCUCAAUGGUUUACCUUGAAAUAUUUAAUAGUACCGUAGUUUUUAGAAUAAUAAUAAAUAUUUUUUUAAUAAAAAUUAAUGGGGGAUCUUCGAUUAAUAUUGGUUAGUUUGUGCUGUGUUUAAAAGGCAAUGUGUUAUAAAUCAUGGAAUUAAGACCUGGGGCCUUAGUCUGCUAAUACAAUUGUGUCAGAAUGGUCGAUCAUUGAGCAGUGCAAGAGGGACGGAGCUAUGUAGGUUGUAUAGCUCAAUGAUCGACCAUUCUGACACAAUUGUAAUAGCAGACUAAUGCCCCUGUAUUACUGUACAACUAGGAACGAUUAUUGUGUUGAAAUAUGUAAUACGACUUAUUUGUAAAACUACAGACAUUCUGUACCAUAUUUCUGUACCGUGAUCAUUAUUUUUGGCAAUUGAUUUAGUGCCUUUUUUCUAUUUCGUGUUUUAAAGUGCUAAAGGAUUUUAUUAUCCUAAGUUUUUUACCACGCGAGGAUGUUGCUUGAGAUGGAUCUGAUGGUUCAGUUAGAAUCUUGGAAGGCUGUAAGAGUAAAAAGUAAUAUUAUAACAAGAUAAUAUUUGUGUUCAUUUGCUAUGAUAGUGGGAUUAUAUGGGAAAGAUGCGAAGUUAUUUUCUUAUAAGCAGGUUCUAUCUAGUGUCAUGCUAAUGAAGUUAUAGAAUUGGGUAGUUUCCUCAAUGAAAAAUAUAUUAUUUCCACUUUUCAAUACAAUAAAACAUUUAAAAAAGUCACACUUUCAUUCAUAAAUGGGAUGAUCUAUUAAAAUUUCGAAUUUGACGAGUUAAUCUGAUGUCGUCAUAACGCACUGUUUCAUACAAAAAUCAUUGAAAACAAACGUUUUUGACGUUUCGAAAAAAGUAUUGAAUUUGACUAGUAGGAAAAGCCUAUUGCAUAACAAUAGCCUUAGUACGAGUUCGCUUUACGUUUCAAGUAAUCGAAACGAGAGCGCGUUUGGCGCUCUGAUUGGCCGGAUCGAACAAACCAAUCAAUCAAUCGUUUCAAUUACUGUAAACCUAAAGCAAACUCGUACUAAGGGUACAAUAUGUAUCUGCUAAUGUGAUACGUGAAGUGGAGUGAAAGCUUGCCUACAGACGUGCCUGUUAACGGAAAAUGAACCCUAUUACUAUACUCAAUUAGUGCAAAGAUAAUUUAACAUGUAAUUGUUAAAUUAAUGGUUCGGGUUCGUCAGCCCUGUGUAGUAUAAGUACGAGUACAUUGUAUAAAAUACAUAUUUAUAACGUUAAGUUAUACUAAACAAGGGUAUAUUAUAUUUUUUUAAAUAUUUAUUGUGAAUUUUAUUCUUAUGAUUACACUUGUUGAUCUGUUA